UUGCGAGGUGGAUUGAACUACUGCAGGAAUACGACUUUGAGAUCGAACAUCGAAGCGGGGAAAUCUCAUGGCAACGUAGAUGCAUUGUCAAGAAGACCUUGUCCUGAAGAUUGCAAACAUUGUACUAGGCAAGAGAGUAAGGAAGUGGUAUCCGUGGGGAUGCUCAGGGCAGACCACCUCAGCAACGAGUGGAAGGACAGCUUACAACGUGCACAGCAGGAAGAUCCGGAUAUCAAGCCGAUUCUGGAAUGGAUGAAGGCCAGUGCUCCCAAGCCCAAGUGGAGCGACGUCUCAGCGAUGAGUUCAACCACUAAAAGCUUUUGGGCCCAGUGGGACAGCUGCUGCUUCAGGAUGGAGUUUUGUGCCGUAAAUGGGAAAAUGUUCGGGGAGACAGCUGUCAUUUGCAAAUGGUUGUCCCUAAAGCUAAGGUACCGGAUGUUCUACAGCUGUACCAUAAUGAUUAUUCAGGAGGCCAUCUGGGAGUUAAAUGAACUCUACUGA